GUGUGACGCUGGUUCCAAAGAAGUACACUUGGACCACAAGGAAGAGUUGUGGAGUGUGUGGAGGGGAGAGGCAACCAGAGAGAAAUAGGUUGUGGUUCCGGUUCUGUCGCGGAGAUACGUGAAGGUCGGUGAGUUGGAGCACAGUUCGUCUAGGCACGUGUGGCGGUGCUGGGAUGGAUUCCUCCUCAUCUUCAUUCGUGGCGGGUUUGGGCUCGGUGGAUCCACAGCUGCAGCAUUUCAUCGAGGUGGAGACUCAAAAGCAACGCUUCCAGCAACUGGUGCACCAGAUGACGGAACUUUGUUGGGAGAAGUGCAUGGACAAGCCUGGGCCAAAGUUGGACAGUCGGGCUGAGGCCUGUUUUGUGAACUGCGUUGAGCGCUUCAUUGAUACAAGCCAAUUCAUCUUGAAUCGACUGGAACAGACCCAGAAAUCCAAGCCAGCUUUCUCAGAAAGCAUUUCUGACUGAUCUCAGCAGUACCUCUUUGGAAAAGGAAGCUAGUUUAAGAAAUGAAGAACGGUUGAUGGGAUAGUUGAAGAAAAGGCUAUGGGGGGAUUGGCUCCCACCUUUGUCACUCUUGGGACAUCCUGUCAUCUGAGAAUGAACAAAGACCAAUUUUGUGUGUGUGGGGGUUUUGAGGGUCAUAUAGGUAUUUAGUUGUGUUUGUUUAAUGCUAAUCUUGUGAAAACAACUGACAGAUGAAUGGGAAAACUACUAGAUGCAUAUUACUGUAUAUGGGACUAUGCUCUCUCAAAGUCCCAUAAACUGCCCUCUAUAAUUUUGAUAGUAGAACUGCUUUCUCUAAUUUGAUAGUGGGACCACAGUAAUAUCUGUCAUUUGUGUGGAUUCAUUUCAGAUUUCUGGGGAGAUUGAUACAUCUUUGUGUCUCUCAGGAAGGGUAGCAGGUGGAGAAAAGUAAUUUGGUACUUAACUAUAGGCCUUAUCUAGUGUUUUGACUAUCAGUGCUGGAAAGAAAUCUAUGGGAUGUUAAUACAAUACACUCAACUUUCUAGAUUA